AUGUUUCCAGUGAUCAUUAUUGACGAAGCUCACGAUGCCAAGAACGCCGACUUGCUGCUAUCUCAGGCAAUCCGAAACCUGCCAUAUCACCACGCGUUCCUUUUGACAGCAACACCGGUAUACAACUCCUGGAAUGACCUCGGUGGAAUUCUCUUGCUUUUACCUUGGAGUCCAUUCAAGUCUUUCGAACAUUUCCGACGUGUCUUUCCUGUGCCACCACCCGCCCCGAACGAAGUUGGUCGUAAGGGGCCACAGGAACCAUUCUUCACGGUGUUGAUCGGACUCCUCAGCGGCGUGGUUUUAGCACGCGCAGAAUCAGUGUUGGAUUUUUUGGAGUGGGAGUAG